GUUGUUACUUGAGUGCGAUGCUGCCAUUCAAUCCCGUCAAAUUUUCCUUUCUCGUAUACACAUGCACGACGGGUGGCGCAGACAGCGCUGCAGUGUAACACCUGCAGAUCCAAACACCUUCGCGGAUUGCGCACCACUUCCCAUGUUGACUUCCAGAACAUCAUCAACUUGUCAUACCUCCAAAGGAGGCCAGAUGGAUUCAGCCAGACGCCGUUUCGACACCAGCAUCAUGUGCAGCAUACUCAACAGACGGUCAAUCGAAACAGAGCCCCCCUAUCAAAUUUUUGCGGCAUUGAUGCUCGAAUGCUGUCGAGAGCUUAGUGGGGAUCACUAAUUUUCCGAUACUCACAGAUCCGUACAUCAGGAUAGAUUGUGUACGAUGGUCAAAAGCAUGAUCCCGCGUUGCAACCUUGUGACUUACUGCUAUGGCCAACUGCAAGUCAUAUAUAAGGACUGCCUGGAGGGAGAUUCGAUGUUUAAGCCUUACAGCUGCAGGUGUGUCCGAUUUGACAUUUUCUCUCGUUUUAUCACGCUCAUUUCGAUCUUUCCUUAGACGAAAACGAUCACUAUUCAAGAUGAAGCUCAGUAGCUGCAUUUCCUUGGCUACUGUCGUUGUAGCUGCCACCGCUGAGCGGGCGCCAUUGCACUUUCCGCAUGUGCACCCGCGCCAAUAUUACUCACCCCCACCUCCAUACUCUCCACCAGUUCCCAGCAGUACCUUCAGCGAUGACUUCCCUCCUCCCACGUCUUCUGUCCCUGGAACCGGCAUUCCAUCGUCGACCGGCAUCCCGCUUUCGACAAGCCCCGCCGACACCACUGUCUCAGCAUCCUCAGGAUUGUGGAACUCCACCACCAUCCGCAGUACUGUGGUCGUCACCAGCCAAGUCGUGAUCACGGUCACACUACCAGCACCAUCUGUACCAGUCGUUACGAGCAUAAACACAACUACACCAACCACCUCGUUCGGCACCUUCACCGACGGUACUGCGACAAGCUUCCCUGUUGAUGGCCCAACUACUACUGGCGGGCCCCUAAUCAGCUUCUCAGAAUCUACAGGUAUAUCACUGUCGACUGGAGUCUCGCUUUCUACUGGACCUUACUCAUCCUACCUGCCAUCCACAACACCACCGUACGGUAAUGGUACCACCUCGACCCACAGCUGGGGUACAGGUACUGCGCCUACACCUUCUUCCACCUUCACCUCUCCUGCCAACAUAACAACCUCGAGUGGCUACUAUGUCCCUGGCGUAUCUUCUAGCACACCAAGCUGGAACCAAACAAGCUCAAUCGCCACUGACACACUCACUGUACCAACCGACACCAGCACCGAGUCUUCUCCCACCCCAUCUUCUCCCACCCCAUCUUCUCCCACCCCAUCUUCUCCCACCCCAUCUUCUC